GCACACACCCAGGCCUGCUCUCGGAUACUUCAGCCACGGCUCUACUACAGGGCCUAGGUGUGAGGUGGAGAGCAGGAGUGCGUCUUUGGCGGCGCGUUAGCCUGCAGCUGUAGCAUCCCGCGACACGAAUAUGCAGCCGCCCCAAGUGCGAGCGACAGUCGUACGGUGCUAAGCCCACAGAUUGUUUCUGUCUCCCCAGCAGUCGUUCUGUUGGCCUUCAUAUCAUUCCUUCUUCUUCGGACUUUCGCUUGCUGCUGUUCGGAUCGCUCUCCGGUCGAUCAUCGAGAAGAAAGUAUAGCAUUGCUCAACCAGCCUUCACGAGACGUGCCCGACGCACAGCUUGGCCACGGCGUCAGGGCCGCCUUUCGCAGCAUCGAUCGAGCAGACAACCGCACAUGUGCCUGAAUCCAACGUUGCGCCUUCGCCGACGUCGAGUUCCGAGCCGAAGCCAUGAAGAGCAAGGUCAAAGGCACUAUUCUGCCUUUACAACAGGCGGAAUUCGACGCCCUGCCGUAUUCAGUCCAGAGAAAGUACUUUUCAUCCCUGGAGCGUUUGCAGAUCCGACAACAGGCCUCCGACGAGCCUACAUCAGGCCGCUCGUCCCAGGCCAGCACCUCAUCCAAAUCACACCGGCCUUCUCUAUCACUCGGCACCGGACGACGCAGACGCAAAUCCGAAAAGGCCGUGCAAUCUCACGACAUCUCCCACGUCGAGCUGGACUUUUUCCUUUCUUUGCCUGAAAAGGUACGCAAGCAACAUUUUUCCCGCGAAGAGCAGGCACUCCUCCAACAAAGGCACCAACAGGCCUUGCUUCCCGACGACCAAGAUAUCGAGUGGGCACAACAACGCUUCAACGACUUUCAUUUCGACUUUCCCAGCCCUCCGGUCGACCUUCCUGAACGCGGACGCUCACGACGACGUUCUUCAUCGGCCUCUUCGACUGUCAGCCCUUCCCGCCCUUCUUUCGGGCCGUCUGCUACACUUGACACGAGCAAGGACCGAAACAGGCAUUUGCUAUAUCUCGACACCAUGGCCACACCGAUGUUUACGCGAAGAGAGAUGCCGAUAGAUAACAUGAGACGAACAAUGUCACUUACCUCCCACCCCGUCCGCCACGGAUCCUCAUACAUGUCGGACCCUCCCUUCUUCAAUGCUAGGCCAAGAGGUCUUCACCAACGUGCGCACUCCUCUUCGCUCGCAACUCACACGUUACCAUCAACGCCUUCACCCCUUGUUGUCGAUACCGAAGCGACCCAUUACCAAGAUCCAGAGGCGAGAAAGAAGUUGCGCAUGUACCUUGCAUCACCCCAAAAGUUCGAUGAAGCGAUCGAGUUCGGUUUCCCAUCGUCGGCAGGGAAUGGCUCUGCUACACCACACUUCCAGCUACCCCAGAUCGACAACCAUGCCCGUAAGUUCAGUCGAGACAUGCAGACCUUUCUCAGAGACGGGCAGUUGUCCUUUUUCGAAGACAACAAUGAAAACCAAGGACUGGAGUCUGACGCUGGCUCAGUAGCCGACAUGGACUCACCCGCUACGCCUUCUAGCACCGGACUGUCAUUCCGUAUGCAUUCUCGCCAGAUCUCGCAUCGCAAAUUCUCAGUUGAAUCGCCCGCUCCUUCGCCUGUUCACUCCGCCAACGGGCAGUUCAACCGAGAGAUGACACUCCGUAUGACUUUGACCCGGCCCGAUUUACGAGCUGACGAAGAUCAACUGUAUGGUUGGCAAAGCUCGAGCCCGAAAGCUCCGAAAGACGACCCAUUGGCACUCGAAGAUCUGGUCUUUACCGACGAUAUGACAGGUACUAAGGGCGCAUUCUACGUCAAGCCCAAACCACGCGGAAACCUCGUCAGCCGUUUAUUGAAGCGUGCCAGCCUCAAAGCAACAAGUCGCUGACCUACACUUUGACCUACAUUUAUUGGCCUAUUUCUUACAUAAACUUUUCCUUAUCUUCUCUAAUAAAGACCGAGAGGUCUGCUGCAUUUCAGCGAGCGGUCUUCUUUCCUUGUUCAAACUUUUUUAGACACUUCACGGGCUUCCAACUGUACGAUUAUCACGAUGCACGAACCGAACGAUUCGAACGAUUCAGAUGCAUGAACGAGGCGUUUUCCUUUCAUCCCCCACAGCCAGCUACCCUGCUGGCUUCUACUUAGCUAGCCAAGACCAUUACCAAGAAUGAUACCCAUCCGGCAGUAACCAAUAUCGGUCUGUCGCUUUCCCAAA